CAACAACAAAUAGCAAUGAAAAAGAAAUUAAACAGACCAUGACUAACACAAGACAUAUUGUAAGCUUGUUGAUUAUGUGCGUGACAGCACACGCGGCUGUCAGAACAGCGGAGGUCCCCUUGGCUGAUCUUCUGCCUGAACACGAGUCGGUGUUUUCCGAGAAGGCCAUGAUGGGACGGGCCCAUAAACUGGCCACACUCGCUUCCUCGCAUCACAGCCGUGCAGUCCAAGAGACUGAUGGUGCGUACACAGGAAACUCAAUUCAACGCGUUUGUCGUGCGAUAGAGAAUCAGUUUCAAGAUCCGGUGCGCUGCGACUGCAUCGGUGCCUUGCAGAGCAAUACUUUCAGUAUGACUUGCGAGUACGACAAAGCAGUAUGCGGGCCUCUCAACGCCGUAUGUGGUAGACCAGUCAUUGCCAUGACACUAGUAAAUGGCGGGGUGUUUUCUUCAACAACUUGCAUUCGUGACUACGUUAAUAGUCGGCAGAGAAUCGACUACAAAGAUACUUGUGUCGCAUUGGAACUCUGCAAUGAGAACGACAGCUCCCAAGGCUUUUGUGGAUGCACUGUGAGCUAUGGGGCCGAUGUAUGCAAUGAUUGUAACAUCUGCAACAAUGGGAUGGGAGUCCAAAUUGACUGCUCUAACGUGGACGAGAAUGCUAUCACAACUCAAUGUCGAACGGUUGAUUUGGAUAUGGACCUUGCUGGCGGAGCAGGAUUGAUCGCUGGCUUCUUGCCAGGUUUUGAGGAUUUCUGUAGUAGUCUCGAAGAGGGGACUGGAAGCAAUGUUGGUUGCGAAUGUGCGGAUUCAGGAAGCGGAAAUUAUGAAGUCAACUGUAAAACGCUGGAGGAAAAGUGUAGUGAAAGCAAUGUUUGUGGCCAGGUUGCGACAUCCGUCGAUGUAGACAGAGGUCGAAUUAAAUCAGUACGGACGUGCGCCGAUAUUCGUAUACCCUAUACUUACGAGCAGACGUGCUCUACAGUCAGUGUGGAAGAAACGGCGGACGGGCGUCGAAUUGACGGGUGUGGUGUUUUCUAUAAUGACCAGGCCUGCAACAACUGUCAAAUCUGCAAUGAGGGCAAAGGCAUUAUCUUCGAUUGCUCCAACAUUGAUGCAAAUGUUGCUGUUGACAAUUGUCAACCAGUUUUGGUAGAAACUAUGUUCGAAUUUGUUCCAGAAUAUACAAAACCGCCUGCCACUCUUCGAAAUACUGAAGAUGGAGCAGGAAUAGCUCAGAAUCAGCCAGUGACGGCUAGCAGUGCUUCAUCGUUCCGAUAUUUCUGGGGGCUCGGAUGUAUACUUGCGACAUGGGCUUCUCUAUAUUAA